CCAAGAUCACGAGAAAAAUAAUGGAAGCAUGCUACAUGUAUGUCUUCGGUUUCUGAACAGACGACACAGUCUACUGACAUUACAAGUGACUGCAAUGAGUUACAGAGGUGAGGGCCAACAACAAUCCUGGAAAAGAGGUGGUCGUGGCUGGGAUCGUGGUCGCAGAUACGGCAAUAGAAGUAGGGAAGAUCAGGAUGGUGAUGGUAAAGAAAGGGGUGGAGGUGGAUGGAGAGGAGGGAGACGGAGAGGAGGAAGAUGGAAUGGAGAGCAUGAAGGAGGAGGGGGAAGAGGGAGACAGAGAGGAGGGAGAUGGGAUGGAGAGCAUGAAGGAGGGGGAGGAGGAGGAAACAGAGGCAGAGAGCGACCACCGCCAGGGUUGUCUGGCAGAGAAAUUGGCAUGUGGUAUGCAGGCAGACAGAAAACCAAAACUGCAAGGAGGGAAAAUGAAAUGACCCCUGUGGUGAACUUACAAGGUAAUAUGGAACGAAAGAUUCGUAACCUCCUGGACGAUAUCCAGACAGGGGACAACGUCCAGCCACAACCAUCACGAUCUGGAGCCUCUUUGGACCAGGACGUGGGUGAAUCAGAUGGGCGGCCAUCAACAUCUUAUGCUGGCGGUCGCAAUCAACAGAAUUUUGCAAGACCAAGCACUGCAUCAGGUGAAAGAGGUCAAGGUUCACAAGGAUAUUCAGGAUUCAAAAUCAAAUCGGAGAGAGAUGGGAGCAGAAAAGUUUCUUCCUAUGAUGCAUGGAAUGACACCGAUGCUGACAAAAUGGAGACUGAUGCCAUGGGAAUUGGCUUCUCAGGGGAGGUAACUGGUGAAGAGGAACAGUUAUUUGAACCAGAUGAGGGGGAUUAUAAUGAAUGUGAUGUGUUACCAAUGGAUGAGGAGGCCAUGCAGUACACUGCUGAUGAGAUUGGACACAUCUUUGAUGAUGAAAUGAAUGAUGAAGCAGUGGAGGAUAUAGGGAUGGGCAGGGACCCAGAAUUAGACAGGCUACUGAUGGACCAGGCAGAGGACAGAAAGACUAACACACAAUUUAUGAAGAUGCUGGACUUCAGAAAAAAACUGCCUUCUUAUAACAAGAGACAGGAAAUUAUGGAAGCAUUGGAAUCACACCAGUGCCUGGUGAUCAGUGGGGAGACUGGGUGUGGAAAGACUACACAGGUGCCCCAAUUUAUAUUGGAUGACUACAUAUCCCGCGGGAAGGGAUCACAGUGUAAGGUCAUAUGUACUCAACCCAGGAGGAUCAGCGCUAUAACUGUAAGUAUGAGGUAUGAGGGGAGGAUCAGUGCUAUAACUGUCGCUGAACGAGUGGCUGAUGAGCGCGGACAGUCGGUUGGAAAAGAGGGUGACAUUGGAUACUCCAUAAGGCUGGAGAGACAUUUACCAAGGAAGAAGGGAUCAGUUUUAUACUGUACCACAGGUAUUUUGUUGAAAUACUUGGAACUUGAUCCGUCCCUGAGGCGAGCGAGCCACAUCAUUGUAGAUGAGAUACAUGAGAGAGACGUAUUGUCCGACUUCCUUCUCAUCAUCCUGAAGGACCUCCUCCCCAAACGUCCUGACCUCAAGGUCAUUCUAAUGAGUGCUACAUUGAAUGCCGAACAAUUCUCAAAUUACUUCAAUGGCAGCCCCAUGCUACAUAUCCCAGGAUUCACGUAUCCUGUGAAGGAGUACUGGCUAGAAGACGCCAUACAAAUGACAGGUUAUCAGCCCAGCCAACAGAAGAAGCCGGCAUUUAACCCCAGAAAACAGAAACAAAAGUGUCAGCUUGAAAUAGAAGAAACAAAGACAUGGUUAAAAACACUUGACCCAGCAAAGUACUCGCAGUCAACACGGAGGGCAAUAGAAAACAUGGAUAUGGACGAGGUGGACAUCGAACUCAUACACAGAGUCAUCCAUCACAUCUGCUUCAAAAUGGAUGGAGAUGGUGCUAUUUUGGUGUUUGUACCUGGUAUGGCAGAAAUAAAAAAUGUGAAUAAAAGUUUAGUUGAGACACCAGUUUUCAACAGCAGUAAUUUUCGGAUUAUUCCUCUUCAUUCGAUGAUGCCUACGGUGAACCAGAAAGAGGUUUUUGAUAGACCUCCCCCGGGGGUCAGGAAGAUCAUCAUUGCAACCAACAUCGCCGAGACCAGUAUAACCAUUGAUGAUGUCGUGUAUGUGGUGGAUUGUGGGAAGAUAAAAGUAAAGGAUUUUGAGCCGGAGAUCAAUCUGGCCACGUUGACGAGCCAGCCGGUGUCCAAAGCCAAUGCUAGACAGAGGCGGGGUCGAGCUGGGCGUGUACAGGAGGGGGUGUGUUUCCACCUAUACACAAGUCACCAGCAGGAAUCACUGCAGGACUACCUUCUGCCGGAGAUUCUUCGCACCCCUCUAGAGGAGCUGUGUCUGCAGAUAAAGCUGUUAAAACUGGGCAAGAUUGAGCCAUUCAUCAGCAAGGCCAUGCAGCAGCCAUCCCCCGAGGCCCUGCACAUCGCCCUGGUAACGCUUCGUGAUCUGAAAGCUCUGGAUGAAAAUGAGAACCUGCUGCCCCUUGGUCAUCACUUGGCACGGAUGCCUGUUGACCCAAAGUCCGGCAAGAUGAUCCUGUUUGGUGCCAUGUUCGGCUGUCUAGACCCUAUAUGCACCAUUGCCGCUAGUCUGAGCUUCAAGAGUGCCUUUGUUACUCCUCUGGGGAAAGAGAGUGAAGCUGACAGGGCCAAGGUUAAGUUGUCUGAUGGGAGCCAAAGUGACCACAUCAUGCUGGUCAAUGCUUUCAAGGGCUGGGAAAAAGCCAAGCGACAAGGAACAGGCUCACAGUACUGCUGGGAAAAUUUCUUGUCCCCCAGUAUUCUCAAGCAACUGGAUGGAAUGAAGGGACAGUUUGGGGAAUUUCUACAUGCUCGCAGAUUUAUCAACACUCGGAAUCCUUCUGACCGAUCAGUAAACAUGAAUUCUGAUAAUGAGAAUUUGGUGAAGGCGGUUAUAUGUGCCGGAUUGUACCCGAAUGUGGCAAAGCUAUUCAAGAAAAACAUUCAGAAGUAUAGACAAGUGCCGUUCCUCCUCAAUGGUGAAAGGAAUAAAGUUUACCUGCACCCGGCAUCUGUUAACAACAGUAACAGAAAUUUUAACUCCUCUUGGUUCAUCUAUCACAAGAAGAUGAAAACUGCUCAAGUGUACCUGUAUGACACCAGUAUGGUCUCUCCCUACCCGCUCCUGUUUUUCGGGGGUGAAAUUGGAACACACAGAGAAAGCAUGGAUGGUGACAUGAGGACAAAGAUCACCAUUGACAACUGGAUAUCGUUCUGGGCCAAUCAGUCAACAUCUCAGAUGGUUAAGGACCUUCGACAACAACUAGACAGAAUAUUGGAGGAAAAGAUCAAGCGGCCAGGUGUGACAGACUGGUCCAAAAAAAGCAGAGAGGGGGCUGUCAUGUGUGCCAUAUUAGAGCUUCUUACAACAGAAGAGGUAGUCAAGUACGAGGACCAUAGAGACCAACACCAGGGUCAGCGCAGUGACCAGUGCAAUGACCAUAGAGACCAACACCAGGGUCAGCGUGGUGACCAGUACCAGAGACAUAAACGUUUUGAUGAUAGAUGACAAAAUCUAUAGAUAGACCUAAGAAUAUGGAGUGAUGAAUAUCUUGGUCAAAGCAGUGACCAGUGCUGAGAUGAUAGCGACAAUAAGGUGAAUGGCAACAGAUACUAGAGGUGUUGUUUGGAGUGCAGGUAAUAGAUGUGUUGUUAGGUGAGAAAAUGAUUUCUCUCACCACCACUACAGGUUUCCUCACUCCUGACUCAUGGGAUAGACCUGCUAGGUGUUGGUAAACAUUUCUGGUUUCCCACUAGUGGGCAACACCUCUAAUUAUGACAUCAGGUAACAAUGCUUUGCGACAGUUGGCAACCUCUCUCUCACUUUAAUAAACAACAGCAGCAAACAAGAAGUAAUUCGAGGUUCUAGAAUAACUAUGGCUGUUAGUGUUUCCUGGUUCCUUGUGCAGGCUCCAGCAUGGCUCGACUUUUGUAUCUGUACUUGAUGCUUGGUGAUACAGAAGGUACUUUCUUAUUCUUCAAGUGAAGCGAAAAAGAAAACAGUUUAUCUAUAAUAGAUAACACCCAAUAUGACACUAAACUCUAUCGUUUUUUCAAGUCGUUGGUUGGUAACACUCCAGCUCCAACUUUAGUCCUAUCGUUUGUGGUUUAAGGAUAUGUGCACUCCACAGGACUUCUGCCUGUUCGUAUCGGUCAAAUUAAGGUAACUCUUAAAAAGACAAUUUUGUUUGUACUUUAGCAGCAUGAAAAAUGUAACCCUCCAAAUGACACUUCAAAGGAUACUUCCAUCUCUGCGUACUUUAGCAGUAUACUGUAUACGGAGGCACGAUAAUCUAGUGGUAGGACGCCGGGCUCGUGACCGAAGCUCUGCUUGUUUCAGUCUACUAAGAUGUAAAUGAGUACGUGGUUGGACAGUGCUAGAAUUGUUG